UCCUUUAAUAACCUCGCCAAUGUCAUCUAUUUGACCAUUUAUCAACAAUCUCCUCUUCUAUCACUUAACAAUAAUAUUAUCUCUCUCUCAUCUGAUUGAUGCUUUCUUAGGCCAAAAUUUCUGUAGAAAAACCCCCUUCUCAACCAACGCAAAGUAGUCAUGGCUGUAGAGCUCAUGAUGAAUUACAUAAACACAACUAGUAAAACUAGCAAUAGCUUCAUGAUGAAUUUAGAAGAAAAUCCAGUUGUACAAGAAGCUGCCUCUGGCUUUGAGAGUGUAGAAAAACUCAUCAAAUUGUUAUCGCAGAGGCAAUCCCAACAGCAGCAAAAACAGGGGAAUUUUACUUCUUUCCUAAAUCAGGAAAAAUCUUCCCCCAUGGAGAUUGAAAUUGUGACUGAUGCCGCUGUUACCAAGUUUAAGAAAGUAAUUUCUCUUUUGGGUCGAUCAAGAACUGGCCAUGCUCGAUUCAGAAGAGCGCCUAUUGAUUCUUCUCCUUCUCCAGAUCAUUUCAAGAAAGACUAUGCUGACACCAAAGUUUAUUGUCCUACUCCAAUUCAACAACUCCCUCCAACUACCUAUGACUUUUGCCAAAAUCCGAAAGAUGGGAUUGUUGAAAAACAGGAAUUGAUUACAAAAACGAUUAAUUUUUCGUAUGCUCCUGAAAUUUGUCGCUCAAAUUCGUUCAAUAUCUCAACGUUAACAGGGGAAACAGAGAGUAAACAUAUUUCAAAUCUUUCUCAGGUCUCUUCAUCUGUAAAGCCUCCUUUGUCUUCCUCUUCUUCGUUUAAAAUUAGAAAGUGCACUUCGUCGAAGAAUGGACUUUCCGGCAUGUGCAGUGGCUCCUCCGGUCGAUGCCAUUGCUCAAAGAGAAGGAAAUUAAGACUUAAAAGGGUAGUUAGAGUUCCAGCAAUAAGCAUGAAGUUGUCAGAUAUCCCACCUGAUGAUUAUUCAUGGAGGAAAUAUGGACAAAAGCCAAUUAAAGGAUCUCCACAUCCAAGGGCAUAUUACAAAUGUAGUAGUGUGAGAGGUUGUCCAGCACGUAAACAUGUAGAAAGAGCUUUGGAUGAACCAACAAUGCUAAUUGUCACGUACGAAGGCGAGCAUAACCAUUCCCUUUCUGUUGCAGAAACAAGUUGUGUCAUUUUAGAGUCUUCCUAAUUAUAUAAUCAAAUAUUGGGCAACACCAUGGUCAGUCAAAAAGGCCUAGCAGGGCAAAAGUGUGACAAUUGUAAACUAGUACUUGUAGGACUAGCUAUAUGCAUGACAUUAAUGAUAAUUAUCAUAAAUAUUUUUAAUA